UGAGUGAGUCAGUCAGUGUAUUGGUUCGUCUUCCCGUCACCGCUUCCGUGAGUGAACCGAUCGUUUGAUGUGAUGUGUAGCUCUCAUCCAUCCAUCCAUCCAUCCACAGCCGAUCCAAAGUCACACAGGCGGAAAUAAGACCCUCCCACUAAAGCAAGAGCACCAGCUGAGCUACCCAAGUCAACUAAGUGGGUCGGCCAGUCAGAGCACUCAGGCAGCCAGUCAGCUACACAGCGGCAAGACGGCAAGACGGCAAGCAAGACGGCAUCAAUCCCGUUUAUCUGCCUAAGUCCACCCUAUUCACAAAUCACCCAUUCUAAAUCACCCAUUGCUGCAAAGCUCUCUCUCUCUCUCUCUGUGCGUGUCUGUGUGUGUCUGUGUUUCAUCUGCCCGUGUGUCCUCCCCUCCGUCCUUCCCUCUAUCUCGGCGCCGUCUGUCUGUCUGUCUAUGUAGGUAGGUAUCUACUCCUUCCUGUACAGCAGCUUCCAUCCAUGCAUCCAUCCACCGCGAUCAUCUAUAGGAUGAUGCAGCACUUGGGUUUGGCUGCAUCGGGUGGCUGCUGCUGUGCCUGCACCACCGGCUGCGCAUACGACGUGGGCGCCACGGGGCCGCCGCCUGUGGUAGUGGUCACCUGCACGGCCGUCACCUGACCAGAGGAAAGGAAGGGACGCACAGAUACAGACAGAUACAGGUCGUGUGGUGUGCUCUGCGUGUGUGUGUGGUGUGUGGUGAGGUGACCGACCUGCAUGGGUGAGGCCUCUGCGAGUGUUGCUGUGGAUGUGUUGAACAGCCGCUGCAUGUCGCCCAUACAGUCCUACACCCACACACGCACACACCCAGCCGUCCAUCCAUCCAUCCACAAAUGUCUGUGCGUCUGUCUGUCUGUCUGUAUAUAUGUGUCUCGGCUUGCCUUGUACAUGGCCCCGUUGCUCGUGACGCCGAGGGCAUGGAAGCCCCAUCGGCCUGUGUGGCCGUCGCGAGCCACCUUGGAGAUGAUCAACGCUGAGCGACAUACGGCCAGACACAACACAUGUGCUCGCUUGGCCUGCCCGUCAGUCUGUCUGUCUGUCUGUCUGUCAGCCUCUUCACCCACCGUCCCUCCUACUCACCUCGUGCAUUGGCGCCCUCUGCGAGUUGGUAUCUGGCGAGCUCCUGCGUGCCGUCCUCCGCACGACAGUAGGGGUUGGCCACCUGCGCGAACGUCACGCCCUGAUUGAUACAUUGGGAGGAACGUACAUAUCACAACACACAUGUGGGGGUGUGGGUGUGGGUGUCUGUAGGUAUGUCUUCCGUCUGUGCGGUGUGCUCACAUUGGUGUAGAUGUUAAUGCAGAAGCUGCACACGCGCAUAGCAUACACCCAAGGAGAAUCGGAUGAGAGGAGUAUGGUCUUUUGUGUGUGUGUGUGUGUGUGUGAGUGUGAGUGUGUGUGAGCUUACAAGACUUGUGCCACCGUGGGCCCCAGGGCGUUGAGGUUGAUCACUACUCGCUCGUCAUCGCCCUCACCCUUGCCCUGACCACACACACACCACACAAACCCCACACAAAUGGCGUCUGUGCACUCGACACACGAACACCGCUCUGGGCAACGAGACGUACCGUGAGGUUGUCACCGCUAUGGCUGAUGGCACCCGCCUCGGAGUGCGGCGCGGAACUCUUCAGAUUGCCGAAGAACACCGCCUGACCGAUCGAUCGACCAAUGGACAGACAGCCACACAUGGACAGGACAGGACACACAUCAUGAUGGAUGUUGUGCGCAGCGCAUGCCCCCGUUCAGUUGAGCUCACCUCUAGGAAGUUGGCGUGUGUGUCGAAUAUGACGGCGCUGCAGUCCAGGUCCACAGUGCCGAACGAUGUGUCCCAACCUGCAGUGGAAUGCAUUUGCACACAUGGACAGACAGACAGACAGACAGAGAGGGGUGGGUGGUGUUGUUUGUGGUAGGGAUGCUUGAGGGCAGACUGGACCAAGCAGUCCACCCCUCAAAAGCCGACACAUCACUCUAGCACCCUAGUUUAACGUGACAAAGAGGGUCGGGACGGCCUCUUAGACGCAGAUAAUAAGUGCAGUGCACCCACACCACCCACAUGCGCCAGCCCCCGCCUUCCCCCGACAGCGUGUCGGGUGCUUGCGUACCUAGUCCACACGUGAUCUUGGGCAGCGCCGAGGAGAAAUCCACGACUGAACCUGCAGCCCGCACACGCCCAGGUACACGGCUGUGUGUGGUGUGGUGUGGGCUGGCGCCACUGCUCACCUUUCGACAUCUGGAAGUUGACUCGCUGCACACUCGGCGCAUGGGGAAUCAUCUGCCUGAUACACACCCUCACACACCCUCUUGUCCCCACCUCACCUCACACACCACACCCACUCUCCCAUCCCACCUGAUGACCCCGUUGAUGGCCGGCAGCACGUCCAUGAAGUGCCGCCCUUGCGCAGGCGCGUCGAUGGGCCGGAUGAGCCACGACCGGGCGCUGGGCGGCUGGCUCUGCUGCGAGGCGUUACAGUGCAGUGCUGAGAGGAUGAUGGCCGUGGCGUUGCCCUUGUUGCUGCCCAGGGGGUACUUGGCCACCGACGUGUGCGACACUUCGUCCAGCACCUGCAGCAGGCCUGCACUCAUAGCCAAAUGCAAUAACAGACAGCGUGUGUGUGGUGCCAGCGCUGCGUGUCUGCAUCGAUUCGUCCGUGCGUCCGUGCGUACCUCCCUGGACGUCAUUGAAUGACCCGCCGGUGUAGCAGCAGACGCACACGACCACCAUCUGCACGUUGGGCGGCAGCCGGCCGAAGUGAAUCGCAACCUUCUCUGCGAUAUGAUACCCGUCAGACACACACGACCCACACACGUGGGCAUCCAUCCAUCCAAUCACUCACUGCCUGAGUGAAUGACUGACCGUCGAUGCCCGGCACCUUGCCCUCAGUCUCGUCGCCGCUGUGCGUCUGCAGCACCGAACAAACAGCGCAACAGAAAAGAACAAGUGCGAUGCAGAAGCAGAAGCGGAGGCGCAUGUGUGUGGGAGUGUGUGUGGAUGUGGGUGUGGUGUUGCGGCCUUACUGACCACAGCCCUGCCGCAUGCCUUGAGGUUGUUGUAGUAGGCCGCAUCCACUAUGCUACCGGCGAAGUCAACGACGAGCGCCUGCACCUGCACUCACCAGGCAAACCAAUGCUAUCAAGCGACGCUGUCACCACUGCUAUCAAGCGUGUGGAUGGAUGCUCACGUCCAAGUCGACUGGCGCGUGUGCACCGAAGUCCCAGCUAAGAGCGAAUGAGUGGCUACGCGAAGGAUCUAUCGCGAAAUCCUGAGAGAGAUGCCGCAGACAGACGCAGACAGGCGGCGCAUCUCUCUCUCUGACGUGUCCAUGAAUCUGCCCUGUGCGGCCUGCCAUAGUGCAGCCGUGUGGCCCUCCCACUUGGCUUGGCUGACCUUGUUGGUCUCCAGCCGCUGAGCCGACGAAUCGUCAUACGGAGGCGGGGCGCUCAUUUCUUUGACGCGACUCACAGUUCCUUUGCCAACAGCGAUGCAACACACGCCCUCAAGGCAGAAACACAGCCGGAA